AUAAAACUCAGCCUCUCAUCAGAUCUCUCUUCCAAUUCCUCCCAUGGCUCAGAGAAAUGGGCUUCACAUUGUUAUGUUUCCAUGGUUAGCUUUUGGUCAUAUGAUUCCAUUUCUAGAGCUCUCUAAGGGCUUAGCUAAAAGGGGUCAUCGCAUCUCCUUCAUUUCUACACCAAGGAAUAUUGAAAGGCUUCCAAAACUCCCUCCCAAUUUAUCCCCUCUCAUUAAUUUUGUGAAGCUCACCUUACCUCAGGUCCCUAACUUGCCAGAAGGAGCAGAAGCCACUUCUGACAUCACAUUCAACAAAACCCAUUACCUUACCAAGGCCUUCGAUGGUUUAGAGGGAUCUUUUGGUUGCUUCCUUGAGAACUCAUCAGCUCCAGAUUUGAUUAUCCAUGACUUCUCCCAUCACUGGCUCCAACCCCUUGCAGCUAAACGUGGUGUUCCAUGUGCCUACUUCAGUGUAUACCUCGCUUCAACGCUUGCCUUCUUUGGCUCCCCAUGGUCGCAUGAAGAUACCCGAACAGAUCCAGAACACUUCACUGUUCCUCCCAAUUGGAUUCCUUCCCCUUCUAAUCUUGCAUUUCGCCUUUAUGAAAUCCUCAAAAUCUUUGAAUCCUUCUCAAGUGGAAACGAUUCUUGUGUGUCCGACACUCAUCGAUCCAACUCGGUAGUCCUCGGAUCAAAUUUUGUAAUUGUGAGAAGCUGUGAAGAAUUCGAGGGUGAUAUUCUAGGUAUCCUACGGGAGAAACUCUACCAGAUACCAGUCAUUCCAAUAGGUCUAUUUCCUCCCUCAGAGGAAGAAGAUACUUGGGAAAGAAGCAAAGAUGAUCUAGAAUGGGCCGAAAUCACAAAGUGGUUAGACAAGCACAGAGAAGGAACUGUGGUUUACGUAGCAUUUGGGAGUGAAGCAGAAAUGAGCAGAGAAGAAAUAAAUGAGGUAGCUCUUGGGUUAGAGCUAUCUGGGUUGCCCUUCUUUUGGGCACUAAGAAGGCCAGCAGGGUACUCUGAGGUGGAGACCUUAUCUAUGUUACCAUCAGGUUUUGAGAGCAGAAUAACUCAAGGUGAUCAGGGUUUCAUCUGUUUAGGGUGGGCUCCUCAGAAAAGGAUAUUGGGACACCCUUCAGUAGGGGUUUUCUUGAGUCACUGUGGAUGGGCUUCGGUAAUUGAAGCUCUUGCAAUAGGUUGUCCUCUUGUGUUAUUACCUCUAACAAUCGAUCAACCUUUGGCAGCAAGGUUAUUGGUGAGCAAGAAUAUUGGGGUAGAGAUUCCAAGAGAUGAACGAGAUGGGUCGUUUACAAGGGAUUCGGUGGCCAAGUCACUGAGGCUAGUAGCAGUGGACAGAGAGGGGGAGCAGCACAAGGUCAAAGCUAGGGAGAUGAGAGAAGUGUUUGGAGACAAGGCUCGACAUGACCGAUACAUAGACGAUUUCGAUCAGUACCUCCGAACUAAUCAUGGGUGUUGAAAGGGAUUCCUUGCCCUUGGUGGCAGUUCAAUAUGUUAUUU